GCUCACAUUAUGAUCCCACAAACUAAAGACAAAAGCCCUUUCAAUCCAUCCUUUUCCUAUAAAGUAUAAACAUCUCAAGAAAUCAAGCAGCAGAGAAGAUCAGUGAUAAAAAUGAAGGCCAUGGAGAUCUUCUCUUCUCUUCUUUUCAUUGUUUUUAGCUUCAUAAUCUUCUACUUAUACUACUUAGUUUGGUUGAAACCUGAAGGAAUUCGUAGGAAGAUGAGACAACAAGGAAUCAAUGGCCCCAUUCCUUCCUCUUUCUUUUCUGGAAAUAUUGAAGAUAUGAAGAAGUUCAUGCAGGAGAAGAAGAAGAGCCCAAGAGGGACAGUAUCACAUGAUUACUCUAUCUGUCCACAUCUUGAUCACUGGAGGAAGAAUUAUGGGCAAGUGUAUGUGUACACAAUGGGAAAUGCACCUAUAAUGCAUGUAAGCAGCCCAGAAAUGGUGAAGGAGAUAAGCCAGUGUUUAUCAAUAGAUUUUGGAAAAACUACGUUCUUGAAGGAGACACUGAAGCCUCUGUUUGGUGAUGGGAUUAUUAAGGCUAAUGGGGAGAUUUGGUCUCAUCAGAGAAAAAUCAUAGCCCCUGAAUUCUUCUUAAACAAGAUUAAGGGAAUGGUGGAUUUGAUGGUGGAUUCAACAGGGCCAUUGUUGAGGUUAUGGGAGAACAGGAUUGAGGAAGGAGAAGUGGAAAUGGAGCUUUAUGAAGAUCUGAGAAACUAUUCAGCUGAUGUGAUAUCCAGAGCUUGUUUUGGCAGCAGUUAUUUGAGGGGAAAAGAGAUGUUUUCCAAACUAAGACUUCUUCAGAAUUCGUUGUCCAAACCUAAUUUGUUCGCUGAGAUUACAGGUUUCAGGCUUCUAGUACCGAGCAAGAGUGGCAGAGAGGUAGUGAAACUAGAGAGAGAAGUGCAUUCACUCAUACUAGAGUUGGUAAAGGAUGGCCAAGCUUCGGGGGAGGAGAAGAACCUCUUGCAAGCCAUCCUCAACGGCGCCAAAGGGAGCAGCUUCACCUCUCAAGACAAAGCCGACGCCUUUAUUGUUGAUAAUUGCAAGAGCAUCUACUUUGCCGGCCAUGAAACCACUGCCACUGCCGCUUCCUGGUGCUUGCUGCUGCUUGCUCUUUAUCCUGAAUGGCAGCAUCUUGUUCGCUCUGAAAUCACUCAGCUCUGUGGAGGCCUCUCCCCUGAUGCGCAAUCCCUCCAAAAAAUGAAGAUUCUGACAAUGGUGAUUCAGGAGACAAUUAGGCUUUACCCUCCAGGUCCUAUAAUCUCAAGGGAGUCUCUUCAGGACAUGAAGCUUGGCAAGCUUGAUAUUCCUAAAGGCCUUGGCAUCUACAUCCCUUUGCCCACUCUGCAUCGAGAUCCCAGUAUUUGGGGCCCGGAUGCACUCAUCUUUAAUCCUAAAAGGUUUGCUAAUGGUGUCACCAGUGCUUGUACUUUUCCACAGGCUUAUGCCCCAUUUGGAGCUGGAGCUCGGACUUGCCUUGGCCAGCACUUCGCCAUGCUUGAGCUCAAGAUUGUUCUUUCACUCAUUCUCUCAAAGUUUUGCUUCUCUGUUUCCCAGAAUUACUGCCAUUCACCUUACUUUAAACUCCUGCUGGAACCUGAAUUUGGAAUGCACCUUACUGUGAAAAAGGGUGGCUUUCAUAAAGGAUGGAGAUAAGUCAGGUCUUUUGUUCGUUUGCGGAGACGCAUUGCAGCAACGUUGCCAAGUGUUUCCAGGGCCCCAUGUACACGUGGAUGAUCU